AUGUCUUCUCUGACAGCAUUUUUGGCUUUGCUCACGUUGGCUGCAGCUGGAACUAUUACUACUUCCGAGCCAUCGCUUCAAGACAUCAAUGCAGCUGCCGCAACCACACUGCCUUAUUCACCUACCUCGAACGUGAAAGGUCUUGCAUUUGAUCGAUUUUAUCAAAUAUGGCUCGAAAAUGUGGACUUUGUUGACGGAGCAGCCGAUCCGAACCAGGAAUGGCUGGCCAGCAAAGGCAUCAAGCUGACCAACUACUUCGGCAUCGGUCACACUUCCGAACCAAACUACUGCGCUGCUGGUGGUGGUGACAACUACGGAAUGGACAAUGACGAUUUUCAUCAGAUCCCUAGCAACAUAUCAACAGUGGUAGAUCUCCUUGACACGAAGGGGAUCUCUUGGUCGGAAUAUCAGCAGGCCUUGCCAUUCCCAGGUUUCCAGGGAUAUAACUACUCGAACCAGAAAACCUACGCCAACGACUACGUUCGCAAGCACAACCCUUUAAUUCUGUAUGAUAGCAUCACGAACAAUGACACCAAGCUGCGUCAGAUCAAGAAUUUUACAGAUUUUGAGGCCGACCUGAAAAGCAAACAGCUCCCGCAGUGGGCAUUUAUCACACCCAACAUGACAAACGAUGCCCAUGAUACCAAUGUCACUUUCGGGUCAAAGUGGCUGCGAGGAUUCGUGUCUGGAUUGAUGGAGGAUACUUAUUUCUGGAACAAUACUCUGCUCCUCCUAACUUGGGACGAGAGCGAGCAUUACCCCAUCAAGAACCGCGUAUUCAGCAUUCUUCUUGGAGGUGCUAUCCCAGAUGACCUUGUCGGCACCACAGAUGACACCGUCUAUACCCACUACUCUACAAUCUCGUCCGUCUCGGCGAACUGGGGGCUACCAGCACUAGGUCGCUGGGAUUGCGGUGCUAACCUGUUCGAGAUUGUUGCCAACAAGACGGGAUAUACGAACUGGGAUAUCGACACGACGAAUCUAUGGCUCAAUGAAUCCAUGCCGGGACCGUUGUCGCUUGGUGAAUAUUCCAUUUACAAAUCACGCUGGCCUGUGCCGCUGAGCACCAACAAUUCAUGCUCUGCCGGCCACGGUAUUCUACCUGCUGUCUUGAAUACUUACGGAGGUCUGACACCAACCUAUAAUUAUACUGCACCAUUCCCCUACGACGAAGAGGUCGGUCUCGGUGUUGGUGUGUCCUACUCCCGCAAGGGAACUACUUACGUGUCCGGGAAAAAUGCCACAUCCGCCAGCGGCUCGAGCUCGAGCAAUACUUCAAGUGCGGCGACGAGCUCCUCAACUAACGGUGUCGGUGCUCAAAUCAUCCCUUAUUCAUUCUCAGUUAUUGCAGUGCUGUCGGGUAUGGUAGGCAUGAUGUUCUAA